UAUUAUUGUUUCCCCAAAAAAGAAAAAAAAAAAACUUUAUCCAAUCCCUGAUUGAAGAAAGAUCGAAUUUUUAAUUUUAUUUCAUCACUGAUUGCAGGCAACCCAUCCCUCCCUCCACUCAAUCUUCGAUGCUGCUGUCCCCCUUCCUCCAAGAAAUCGAACAUUAAUCAACAAUCACAUACUAAUAUAUGCAGAAAUUCUUCUCUAGAAUCGCCUUUUACUGCAAUCGAACCGCCAUAGCCGAAGUUGAGGUCGAGCUCUUCUCUUGUCUCUACUGAACUCAACUUUGAAAGCUAUUUUCGACGAUAUGGAUUCGGUUCUCCCCAUCGCCCGCACGCAGCUCCUUUUUAAGAACCCCAAAUUGGGGGAAUUCCGUAUUCCUCGAUUCCAGUUCCCGGCGGCGGCAGUGCAGACGGUUUCCGUGCGGCGAGCGAGGAUGGUGGUGGUCUCGGCGGCGCAGACGGCGGCGGAGAAGCCGAGGAAGAGGUACCCCGGCGAAAAAAAGGGGUUUGUGGAGGAGAUGAGAUUUGUGGCGAUGAAAUUGCACACGAAGGACCAGGCUAAGGAGGGGGAGAAGUCCUCCGACGGCCCGCCGGUGGCCAAAUGGGAGCCGAGCGUUGAAGGAUACCUACAGUUCUUGGUGGAUAGCAAAGUGGUUUACGAUACUCUGGAGAGGAUUGUGGACAAAUCUGCGUUCCCUGAAUAUGCCGAGUUCAAGAACACGGGUCUAGAAAGAUCCGAAAGACUUGCAAAAGAUCUCGAAUGGUUUAAACAGCAAGGUCGUGAUAUCCCAGAUCCAUCCUCUCCCGGGCUUACCUAUGCUCGGUACCUUGAGGAGCUGUCUGAGAAAGAUCCUCAGGCAUUUGUCUGCCAUUUCUACAAUACAUACUUUGCGCACUCCGCAGGUGGCCGUAUGAUCGGGAGAAAGGUAUCCGAGAAGAUCCUUGAUGGGAAAGAAUUGGAAUUCUACAAAUGGGACGACGACCUUUCUCAGCUAUUGCAGAAUGUUCGGGACAAGCUCAAUAAAGUUGCCGAGGGGUGGAGUCGGGAGGAGAAGGAUCAUUGCCUGGAAGAAACCGAGAAGUCGUUCAAGUUCUCCGGCGACAUCCUCCGGCUAAUAUUGUCGUGAUACGAUGAUGAUUAACAACUGUUUAUAAUAUACUGCCUGCCUCUGUUUGUUGUAUUUCUUCGACUUCACUUUCCUUGUGUUGUACAAAAUUCCACGGUAUUUCUUUAUGGAUGAAAUUAUCAACUUUGUAUCUUUAUACUA